AGGACCACCAUGCACAGUAAAGAGGCAGUCGCCAUCCCGUAACUACCUCUCUCCGCGACCUCUGCCAUGUCUUCGGACCCCGCGGGUUUUAGCGUCGCCGACUACCUUGUGUUUUCGGCGUCUCUUGCCAUUUCUGUGGGGAUAGGCGUAUACCAGUGGUGGAAAAGCCGGAAUGGGAACGCGGAGGAGUUCUUCCUGGGCGGCGGCCGCAUGUCCCCCGUGCCAGUGGCCCUGUCGCUGGUGGCGGGCGUCGUGUCUGCCAUCUCGAUCUUGGGCAACACGUCCGAAAUGUACUACUACGGGUCCCAGUUUUGGAUGAACGUCUUGGGCGUCGCCGUGGGAGGCCUCUUCGUCGUCCUGGUCAUCAUUCCGGUCAUCUAUCCACUCCGCCUCAUCAGCAUAUAUGAGUACCUCGAGCUUCGCUGGGGCUCUCGCCUUCUCCGGAAGUUGGUGACGGUGCUCCAGCUGGCCAACAUGUUCCUCUACCUUGGCAUCGCCUUGUACGCCCCCUCGCUCGCUCUCUCCUCCGUCACGCCCAUCCCCACCAACAUCUCCGUCGUCGUCCUUGGCCUCGUCUGCACUUUCUACGCGUCUGUUGGAGGGGCGAAGGCAGUAGUGUACACCGACACCUUCCAGACUCUCGUGAUGGUCUUAGGGGUGAUCGUGGUCAUCAUCCAGGGUUGCGUGGAGGUCGGAGGAGGAGCUGCAGUGUGGGAGAUUAACAGAGAAAACGGGAGGAUUGAGUUCUUCAACAUGAACCCGGACCCCCUCGUGCGACACACUUUCAUGACAACGACCAUUUUGGGAAUCUACAUGUCCAUCAGCAUGCAGGGGACGUCUCAGGCCCAGUACCAGCGAUGGGCCUCCGUAGAGAACAUCAGACAAGUCUACCUGGUAAUGGCUAUCAACAUUUUUGGCUUGAUGGUCCUUUGGUCUCUCAUAAAUUUUGCUGGUCUGGUGGUCUUCGCUGUGUAUGCUGACUGUGACCCUUUGUCAGCAGGUUGGAUUCAGAAAAUAGACCAGGUCACGGCUUACUUCGUCGUGGACAAGCUCGGUUACCUCAAGGGAAUUCCAGGACUUUUCGUGGCGGCUGUCUAUAGUGGAGUCCUCAGCUCAGUUUCAUCCAAUCUCAAUGCCAUGGCUGCCAUGAUAUGGGAAGAUUUACUGCUCGCGUUCAAGACUUUCAAGAAUUAUACUCCGACGAAAGCCAAAAAUGCAAAUAUCAUCAUAUCCAUGCUCAUCGGCGUGCUCUCCACCGUCCUGGGCGUUCUGGCUGGGAGAAUGGGCGGCCUCGUGCAGGUCGCCUACUCCAUUGCGGGCGGUUUGGGCGGCCCUAUUUCCGGGGUGAUGCUUACUGGUGUCCUGUGCCCCUGGGUCAAGGCUGUGAGCGCCAUUUUGGGUUUCCUCUGCGGUGUCGCCCUCAACCUGUGGAUAGUGAUCGGAAACUUCUUGUACGCCCCCCCGACGCCCUUGCUGCCUCUCUCGACCGAAGGCUGUCCCGGGGCCAAUGCCACCGCCACGCCCUUCACGUCCUCCACGGCCUUCGCGACGAGCACCGUAGAUCCAGGACCUUCUGACCCCGCGGAGGUGUUCCCUCUGUACCUCCUCUCGUACUGCCUGUUCGGGGCCAUUGGAGUUCUCAGCACGAUCGUCUUGUCAAACCUUGCCACCUGCGUUUUUGGUGUGUCCGAAAAGUCAGAUGUUCUAGAGAAAACAGUUAACAAAACUAGUCUAAAAAUCUACCACUGGAUGACCUCAAAAUCGGACAGUUCCUCCCUCAACACUGACACAGAAAACGGGAGUAAGAUGGGAGACUUUGAUAUUUCUAAGGACAGAAUCACGACAGGCAACCCAGAUGGUGAAAAGCGUGGUAUAGACAAUGCAGUGACGGUUGACGAUUCCAUAUGAAUAAUCAGCUUUUUUUUAAAGACUCAAGUGAUUAGUUUCAACCAGAGUCCAGUCAGAAUCAUGAAACUUUUCGAAGCUAGUAUUAAGUCAAGAUAUACAAAGGACAGUUAUACUAGUGUUCGAUUAUUUCGGAGGAUAAUGAGAGGGGGAGGUAUUUGUUCUUUACCACUGCUUGAAGCUAGCAGUAGUAAAGAGAUCCGGUGCUAAUUAUUCUGGCUAACCACCCAGUGACGUCACUGAUACAGGUACGAACAGUAUUCAUUGCGACGAAUGUAGAAAAGGGCAUGGGUGAGAGUAAAUAUCUUGUGCUGUGAAAAUAUUAUCAUUCUUGUCUUGUCUUCAGAUGAUGAUAGAGGAACUCUAAUUUAGAUUGUCUAUUUAUUUAUCUAUGUCUAUAUAUAUGCAUAUACUAUAUGCUUACAUAUAUGCGCGCGCGCUCACUCACACACCCUCUCACACACGAGCGCGCGCACGUUAUCAUUUAGCGGGAAAGGUUUUCGUCACAGCAUUUCCUGAAGCUCGGGUUUUCGGAUUGUGGACUUUUGGCAGCCCCCUAUUGUUUUAUAGCGGUUUUUAAAUAUUCGGGGCCACUAGGAAAAUGCGAGUCACUGUUGCCUGUAUCUGUCGACAUAGAGCUGCAUCCUUGCCGCAGUGUAGGCCUACAUCAUAAUAAAGUAUCCAAACUUAAACCAUGCCCAGGCAAGACAAGGAAGACGUUUACGGAGACUGAUACACUUAACCAGCAUAUUCCUGGUAGGAACCCAUUUAUUGCAUCCAGUGAAAUCAAGAAAAAUACUCAGAACGUCUAAAAAAUGUGAAAGAACGAACCCUGCGGGACCGCCUUCACCGUGACUUGAAUCUACUCGUGCGAAAGGCCACACCAAAAUUUCUUCUCGGCAGAGUGUGAAGUACAACAGACUGAUGUUUUGCAACUAGGACAAGAGUUUGACUCCGGAGCAGUGGAAGAUGGUCCUUUUUUGUUCGAAAAUACCAUCAUGUGUGUAAGAACAAGCUCGAAGUGUCGAUGUUUAUAGUGUCGUUAAUCUGGAAGUAACAGAUUGCACUGACAAGGUAGUAAGAUAAUCUGUGAUGGUCGGGGGUGAUUUUUGUUAUGGUCGUGGUGCUGAGGACCUUAUUUUUCACCACAGAAUGUAAAUGCAUGAUGAUUUUUUUUGGAUGCGCUGAAGGACUAUAUGCACCGUUUUUUUCGAACUAACCAGGUGGCAUGUUCUUGCACGAUGUUUGGGACUGGUUGGCAGAGUAAGUUGUCAGGUCAGUUUUGCAGAGAGUCGCAACCUUCUAUCGCCCACAUUGUGUGUGUGUGUGUGUGCGUGUGUGUGUGUGUGUGUGUGUGUGUGUGUGAGAGAGAGAGAGAGAGAGAGAGAGAGAGAGAGAGAGAGAGAGAGAGAGAGAGAGAGAGAGAGAGAGAGAGAGAGAGAGAGAGUGUAUUCACGUAAGUUAUCUGUCUUAGUACCCGCAGUAUGUACCAUGAUGAAUAGGCUAAUUUUCACCUGUGGAUCAGGCAUUAAGACAUUAUUUAUACAUGACAAUCUAUUAAAUAUAUAUUGAAUAUUGAAUAAACCAUAUUUAUUAA